AUGGUGCAGUGUGAGUGUGUGUGAAGCCACUCAGGUCUGUAUCUGUAUCGGGGUGAUCCCUCCUCUCCUCUCCUCUCCUCUCCUCUCCUCUCCUCUCCUCUCCUCCUCUCUCAGAUCUCUCCUCUGACAGACAGAGAGCGGACAGUCGCCCACAAUAACCGGCUCCUCUACAGCAGCAGCCGGCUGGUUUAUCUCAUCUCCGACCUGCACCGGCUGAUUUCCUCUCUGGAUCAUCUGAAUCACUCAGCAGACACAAGAGAGAGAGAGAGAGAGAGAUGCUGGUCGUGUUUCACUUUCUUUGCUUCCAACAAGGACCCGUAUCUGUCACAUCUUCUGCCCGGAGCUUUGUGUCUGGACGGCGGGCUGCGGCUGCGUGAUGCUCCGUGACCACAGCCUGAUGCUGAAAUCCCUACAUUCAUGAGAAGGCAACAGGAAGCAGAUUACUGAGGGAUUAAAACGAAUGCACACUUAUGCACAUGCACACACGGAGAGUGCAACAGCUCCGGGAUUUGACUGCCGUCCAACUGUGGAUCUCGAACUGAAUGAACUUGACUCUGAAUGACUCUGGUAUCAUGGAAGAAGAGGAGGAGCCCACAGAGUCUCAUUGAAUUUAACUCGCAUAACCCCACCUCCUUUCUCCUGGCUCACUAUCGAAGGCUUUGACUCGUCGAUGAGGAUUACAGAUUUAUCAGAGACAGAGAGAGAGAGAGAGAAAGAGAGGGGAGUGCAGAGCUGACCGUCCGCCUGCUGCCGUCCCAUGAUGCAUCUACACAUGUAAGAGCAGGAUCAGCCACACAGAGGGCUGUUUCUAUGGAUACCCCUGCCCUGGGUAGUAUUACAGUAAUAAGACUCACUGAUAUCCUGACUAUCUGCUGCGCGUGAGGAAAAUACAGUGAGAGAUUAGAAGUGCGUCGCUGCAGCAGACUACAAAAGACAUCAUCAUCAAGUGUCAAGAGGAAGAUGUUGAAGAAAAAAGCUGUUAUUUUUAAACAUGCACUGUAGAUGCGUUACACUCCUUGUCCUAAAGACUUCAAAGGUUGUUAUGUGAUAACUAGUGGAUUCUGGUUCAGUAAAAGGGUGAAUUAAUAAGAAGCCUACGCCCACACAGGACCAGAAGAGGAGGUGAAGAUGAUGCACAAAGACACUUCUUAGGCCUGAAGGAAAUAUCUUCUUCUUAGUACAGCUUGAAAUUCUGGAUAAAGUAAUCCUACUUUUACUUUAUCCUAGUUGUGGUACUGAAUUUGGGUCUUGUCUACAUGAGAACAGACAUCUACGUGCACCAGCUACCUAGAGGUAUAUCAGGUCUUUUGUUAAGGUUUUGGACUCACCAGCAAGAUGUAACAUCAUGUGCAUAAUAAGACAAUAACAAAGCACUUUUAAUCUGGAUAUUGUGGGGAUCCAUCAAGCUUGAAGUACCUGGAAUCAUCUGUCCCUGAGUUAUCAUGGCCAGACAGGAAACCCCCCUCUUCCUCCAUGGCUUUGACCUGGGUGGUCACUUCGUUGACCUCCGACCUCUCGGCUCAGGUGUUACAGGCCUGGUCCUCUCAGCCGAGGACCAGCGUACCGGACAGCGCGUGGCAAUCAAAAAGCUGGUGAUGCGUGACGCGGUGACGGUGAAGCACGCUCUGCGGGAGGUCAAAAUCACCCGCCGGCUGCGCCAUGAAAAUGUGGUGAGGGUUCAUGAGGUUUUGGCGCCAUAUGGACGACCACUGCCCAGGGACCCGACCCAGCUGAGUGCCCUGUACAUCGUCCAGGAAUGCAUGGAGACAGAUAUGGCUCGGCUGCUGGAACAAGGACCACUACCCACAGGUCACGCUACUCUGCUGUUCUAUCAGCUGCUGAGGGGACUGAAGUUCAUCCACUCAGCUAACGUCCUGCACAGAGAUCUGAAGCCUGCCAACAUAUUCCUCAACACAGACCAACUGCUGCUCAAGAUCGGAGACUUCGGGCUGGCCAGGAUAGUCGACCCUCAUUAUUCUCAUAAGGGCUAUUUGUCUGAGGGUCUGGUAACGAAGUGGUAUUGUUCCCCCCGUCUGCUCCUGUCCCCCAACAACUACACCAAGGCCAUCGACAUGUGGGCCGCUGGCUGCAUACUGGCUGAGAUGCUCACUGGACGCAUGCUGUUUGCAGGAGCUCAUGAGCUGGAGCAGAUGCAGCUGAUUCUCGACACAGUGCCGGUGCUGAGAGAAGAGGACAGGCAGGACCUGCUGCAGGUGAUGCCUUCAUACGUCAGUCAUGGAUGGAGAGUCAAGAAACCGUUUUCUGAAUUGGUGCCUGAAGUGGAUGCUCAGGGUGAGCGGAGGGAAUUGAGUAGUGCUGUCGACUUCCUUGAGCGUAUCUUGACCUUUAACCCCAUGGAUCGGCUGACAGCUGAAGCAGCGCUGUCCCACCCCUUCCUCCAGCAGUACUCCUGUCCAGAGGAUGAACCCACCUCAUCACAUCCCUUCCGCAUCGAGGACGAACUGGAGGACAGCCUCGUCACCGAGCAGAGCCUCAGCAACAGCAACAGCCAGGCCUCCAGCAUCCACUGGGAGAGGUACGAGAACAGUUUAUCAACAGAUGCGUCCUGGCAGCAAUCAGGCGGGAGGUGUCGCUGCAUGCCCCCUGGCUACGUGACCUCUGACCUGGGAGACACCACAGAGGAUGAGGAGGUGCAGAGAGACCCGCGGGCCAGUUCCACCUCACUGUUAGAGGAGGCGCAGGUCGACCCACGCAAGUAUUCCCACAGCAGCUCAGCUGAGCGCUUCCUGGAAAACUCUCACUCCUCUCUGGAGCGGGCCUGUGGUUCGGGGUACGGGGAACUGGACUGUGGCCGUUCCUGUGACUACAAAGUGGGCUCUCCUUCGUAUCUGGAUAAAAUAGCCUGGAGGGAGGGCAAGCCUCAACACUACUCCGAGCCUAAGCUGAUCCUGGAUCUGUCUCAUUGGAAGCGUAACACUAACAGCCUCCCUGUGCCUGCUGAGCCUAAUGGUAGCAGCGUAGAGGACCUGGGAGAGAUGAAGGAGGAGGAGGAAGCAGAAGAGGAGGAGACAGGGGAUUUAUUUCAGGAGAUUUCUCGCUGGGUGGAGAGAACCCAGUCUCGUCUGCACUCACCCAGUCCCAGUCCUUCCUUGGAGCCACGUUCACCCUCCUGCUACACCUCCUCUCCCCCUCUCCCUCUCUCCCCGACUGACCUCCCAACUCCAGUCUUCCACUACACGCAAGUUGUGCGGCAACCGUCAUCUGAAUACGAUGAAGACCGACUGAGCCCACUUCAGCCUGUCACGUCUUCCUCUUAUUCCCUUCCCUCACUUCUGCCCUCAUCUCCCACCUCUCCACUUCCUCCUCAGUCCCCUCAAACAGCGUCAUCCCCCACCUCGCCACUUUUUCCUUCCCCGCAAUCUCAACCGCUUUCCUCUACUUCCUCUAUUUCUCAGCCAGUAAACGAUGACUCCUUGGAGUCACUUCCUGUAAAGCAAAAAGAGCGGCUGUUCGACCUGGACGUGUUCAUAUCCCGAGCACUGAAACUGUGCAGGCAGAAUAAGGAGAAAGCAGACGGGAAGAAAGGAAAAGAGGGAGGAUGGAGGGAAGAAAGCAUUAAUCGAAAGGUGCCCAGGCUUCCUGAACACAGGACUCCACCACCACAGACCCCCAACUCUUGAUGUUGAAUUUCAACUUCAGGUCCACCACAGUAUAGCAUCACAAUGGGAAGCACUUCCAAAUGCUCAUAGUGCUUUACACAGUGAGGGUGCGGUUAAAUAUGCUGCUUAAACAUUAGACCUUAGUGUUCGCAGUCUUUUUGUUAUUAUUGCAAUGACACGCUACACGCUGUGACAAAAACCCUCACGUAAACAAUCCUGCAGCUUUGUCAAGAGGUGCUCUCAGGCAAUAAGAGGUCAGAAAGCAUUUGGGUUAAAUAUAAAUAACCAUGCUUAGCAUUGCAAAUAUCAAGGAUUUGUUCUACAUGAGAAUAUUUAGAAAUAAUAAUCUAAUUAAUGAUGUGGUGUUUGUGGUUUGUCAAGUUAAAGAUGGGUCUAACCUUGACUUGAUAGCAACUUAUUCUGUGAGACAAACAUCUGCAAAUAAAAAGAGUUACCCAGGAGUUACCCAGGCUAUUAUGUACUUGAUAACAUACUGGAGAGGGAUCACUUGGUUUGUUUUAAGUUUGCUUUAGUUUUGUGUUUCUAUACAAGAUCCCUCGCUGUGUGUCAGUCACUCAGUAAUCUUUUCAAAAUGUCAGACAGUCUUCCAAUGGUGAUGUUCACCGAAUAAUGAUAACGAGACAGGAAAUGCUUUUUCCAAGUUUCUCUGAAUGUAAUAACUGAAAAAUAAUCAGUCAAAUCAUGCUACGAGGUGAACCAUAAGGAUUUGUAUUUGUUGCUGUUUUACCACUCCUGCAGUGACUUAAUGAGCUUUGUCACUGCUACAUGCCUUGUAAACUUGUAUAAAACUGUUGUCAUAUUUAAUUCUAUAGUAUAUUUCUCAAGACUGUUGUUAAUUAUAUUCCUGUGUUAUUCUUUGCUGAAUGCUAGAGCACAAUUUUCUCUUUAUUUGGAUUGUGUUGUAUUUUAUUUAAAUGUGGAAUGCUCUAUCGUAAUAAUUUAUGCUCUAGUUCAAGCGUAAAUAGUUUCAUAUUCUGUCUGCCUGAUGCACCAAACAAGGUCAUCGUCUACUUUACACUUAAAAGAUACGAUCCUCUCUGUACUAAACAGUCAUAUCUGUCACCAUUUUGCUCACUUAGCCACACAAAGCUAUAAUGCAAACAACAGUAGCCUAUAUUUUGGAGAAUGUAGAUCCUUUACAACCUUUAUAGGAAAUGAUUUGUACUCAGAACUCCUCGAUGCUGCCCAGUAACCAUAUCAAUAUAUGGAACAGAAAAUAACCAAAACAUAUAUUUUGAAAUACUUUUCUAUCCAGCAUGGACGACCGUAGACCCUCAGAAUGUUAUUUAUUCUGACAUGUGAUGUUUCCCCUUCAAGGUAACCAAAUCAGGUAAAAGACUCGUACUUACUCAAUGAAGCGCAUCUCACAUUCACUUCACUCCUCGAACUUAAAAGCUGAUAGGAGGGUUGUAGUACUCAAGAUCGGUCCGGACUUUUUGAAGGUCUGGGAAUCGACUGCAUUUUUACUCGGCCUUGUCUCGGUUUCAGACAAAGAGGACUCUGGGUUUUAUUUCAAGACCGGUCAAGACCACAACUGCGGGGAAAUCACUAAAUCGCCUCUGUAUUGUCUGAUUUAUUUCUUAACAUCAUUACUGUGUUUGCUCAUUGAAAACAAAGGAACAUUCCCACACAUAAAAUUCACCUCUGCAAUGCCCUUUUGAUUAUUUUAUCAAUACAUUUCUCAUGGUACACUUCUACAUAUAUACAGUAUAUGUGGCAAUAAAAGAGGUGAAUGUAGAGGAAUCUGCAUUUGAUUUCUGUGGGUGUUUUUAUGGGAAUGUGGAUCUUUCAGGUCAAUUUGAGGAGUUCCCAUGAUUUGCAUGAUCCACAUUUUAUCGUAAACGUGUCAUGCAGUGUGGGACUCGCAUUGGUCUUGGUUUUGGUCUUGAUGCGGUCUCAACUCUUCAAAGUCUUGGUCUUGUCUCGGUCUUGAUACGUUCUGGUCUUGGUCAUGACUUGGUCUCGGUAUAGGUGGUCUGAUAUUGAGGAUGAGGAAAUGGCAUUCAAAUUAUUCUGCUGAGCUAGUGCCAAAAAGAAAUAGGGUACAGUUAAAUUCACGUGCCCCAAAUUCUGUAACCUAGAAGAAAUAGGCUUCCACCAUCCCUGGUUUCACUGUUUUACAUGUAAGUCUCUGCUGUGGGUGUGCAUGUAUACAAUCUAUAGGCUGUAUGUAUCACAAGGGUCCAGCCACACCAGAGGCACAAUACUGAGAAGCAUAAAACACACUGCCAGCACAGCUACAGUAAACACCCCAGAAUAUGACAUGUUUUAUCUGUUUAGUGAUCUUUCAGUCCAGCAUCUGAUACCCAUUCUAAGUCCCUCUUACACUCUAUUCAUUUUCAUCCUAAAUCCACAUCAUACAGUCUACACACAGAGCACUAUGACAGUGAUAGUGUGGCAAGAACUGACAGCCUGGAAGUCAAGAUGAUAUCCACUUUCCCACAAUGCAGCAACUGUUUCUCUUUCUCUGCCGUUAACAGCUGUUAACUAUUGAUGCUCAUGUAAAGUGAGCACCUUCACUGUGGGCAACAUACACAGGUUGUGAGCAGAACAUCACUUGCACAACAUAGUAUGAGCCAUAGGUGCGAAAUGCAAACUGUAAAAGCUAUGAUACAGCAAAGCCAGGUAUAUUCUUUUAUAUUCACAAUAGACAUGAAGCACAUCUAGAGUCACUAACACAUUCAGAAAUGCAGGUUUUCCUCAGCGACAACAGGAACUCCAUCUGUCAGUGUUGAUUUUUAUCAAUAGUGUACCUCGAAAGCAGUGGUUCCCAAUCUGAGGUCCGCGUCCCCAUAGGAGAGCGCCAAAGAUCACAGGGAGUGCACCAGGAUUUGUCUGCUCAUGUAUAACUAAAAUCACUAUAACACACUUACUGCAUAAUUUAUAAAAA